GUUCUUGUAACUGAAUCUGAAAUUAAUCUGCAAGAUGUCAACAACAGCCGGAUCUAGCAGUACUGGAAACGCUGGAGGAGGUGGAGGUACUAGCGGCAACAGUGACGGAGGCAGCAAUGCAGGAGGUCGUCGUAACGGAAAUGGAAGCGGAGCAGCAACUGGAGCCGAAGCUACGGUGCCAAAGCCUGAAACUAAGGAAACGAAAUCUAAUCCCAAAAUAUCAAAAGCCUUAGGAACGUCUGCAAAACGAAUUCAAAAGGAGUUGGCUGAAAUUACGCUUGAUCCUCCGCCAAAUUGUAGUGCGGGACCAAAGGGUGACAAUCUUUACGAAUGGGUUUCAACCAUUCUCGGUCCCCCUGGAUCCGUAUAUGAAGGAGGAGUUUUUUUCUUGGACAUACAUUUUUCACCAGAAUAUCCAUUUAAACCGCCCAAGGUUACAUUCAGGACCAGGAUAUACCAUUGCAAUAUCAAUAGCCAAGGUGUGAUUUGUCUGGAUAUAUUGAAAGAUAACUGGUCACCUGCGUUAACUAUUUCAAAAGUGCUGCUUUCCAUCUGUUCACUAUUGACAGAUUGUAAUCCAGCUGAUCCUUUGGUUGGUAGUAUUGCAACACAAUAUCUGCAAAACAGAGAAGAGCAUGAUCGAAUCGCCCGUCUGUGGACAAAACGAUAUGCUACGUGAUUUCAUUAUGAUGAAGGUCUGUAUAUUUUUAUGCAAAAUCGAUACUAAUUUAUGAAUCUAUUCGUAAAAGAUCAACUCAACAAUAUAUUUUGCAUCUCCAAACCAAUAAUAGGCUGAUUUGGAUAAUAAGAAAUGAAACAUAUAAGAGCAGGGCGCAUACUGGUUUGAAGAGCAUAAAUGUGUUUUUUGAAGAUCUAUUUUCUGUAGCUUCCGACACACAAUCAUUUAUAAAUUAUGAGUAACUGAAAAACUUGGACAGAGUUUGAAAUUGAUUUUAUGCAAAACGGAUGCAAUAAAGGAAAAAAUUAUAUGACCAGUCGAAUCGUAAUGUAUGUUGCAGGGAACUGUACACUGUAAUAUCCAUGUCCACUAGAUUGAUGAUAUCAAGUUUGAAUCUUUGUUUAUUCAUAGCAACAGUGUAUAGACACUGAAUUGAUUGAGUUUCAAUAGGUGAUAUUCUAUGUGAAGGAAUUUAUUAUUCCACUGCAUCGUACCAAUACCAAUAUUAAACUGUAAUUGCUCUGAGGUGCGAGUUCAUUAAUUACGUUUUUAUUCUUAACCUCAAAGUAAAUCUUAUUUAUGUAAGAGUAAAGUAAUUUUAGUCCAACUUUACGUAUGCUAGUUCAAAUGUGUCAAUCGAUUAACCACUAGCAAUUAAUAAAUAAAAUAACGGUUGUCGUUCUCGCUUUGUUUUAAUAUCUCAAGAACACUGCUCAUUUUUUCGUUUCAAACUCCGAUUAAAUGCAGCAUGUUCAGCUGCACUGCAGUUAAAUUAAAAUCGAAGCAUACCAUCACACCUCCUGACGUUGCAUAAAUCUAUCAGUAUCGUUCUUCCAAUGGUACUCUGGUUUGGCAAAAAUGAACGGUCUUUGAAAUUAUUUCCUUAGUUCACGGAAUAGGUAGAAGUUGUGAAUAGUUUAGGGUGAUAAAAACAAAACGUGAAAGUGCUGGUUUGAAACUAAUAAAUAAAUGUGCGAUGAUGAGAAUGAUUCUGAAAAAACACACGGACGGCAAGGAUAGCCGAAAUAAUUCUAGCAAUGAUUUGGUUCGUUAAGACUGAGAUGAAGCGAACUUGAUCUCAUUAUAUGAUCCUUUACGAAAGUCUAAAUAUAUCUUUCCUAGCAUGUCUCUAGUGCUAUUCAA